ACUCCCUCUCAGUUUCAUCCAACACCUGAACCGUUUCCCAUAUUUCCUGAUAUCUUACGCUUCCACACUCCAACCCACAGAAAGCAGUUCAAGGAGCUGGAAGCCAGUAACAGAGUCACACUAAAGCAAACCACAGAGGAGACCGAGGCUGAAGGAAAGACUGCUGCUUCAGGUGACCGAGAGGAAAUGGAGACGCGCGGCGUGCGUGACUAGGAAGCGUCGCCUCUGGGAGUUCUGGUUCCACGGAUUAUAAAAGUGAAGAACCCGCAGCGCAGACUGGGACUGCCUUUGUUCGCUUCACUUAACGGAUUCAUUUUCGUUCCUCCUCAUAAACCAUGAAUGUUUCGCCCACAGAGCGGAGGAAAGACAUGCGGCAGCUGGCUUUGGAGAUUGGGAUCCGAGUUCUGCUCUUCGGAGUUUUUGCGUUCACAGAGUUCUUGGAGCCCUUUGAGAGAGUUAUCCAACCAGAGGAGCUUUGGCUCUACAGGAAUCCUCUGGUUGAGUCCGACCACAUUCCUAAAAGGGUUAUGUUUGCAAUUUCCUUCCUUACUCCACUGGCAGUGAUAUUCGUGGUGAAGAUAAUUCAGAGAACGGACAAGACGGAGAUCAAGGAGGCUUGUUUAGCUGUAUCUCUGGCACUGGCAUUAAAUGGAGUCUUCACAAAUACUAUCAAGCUGAUUGUUGGCAGACCAAGGCCAGAUUACUUCCAGCGCUGUUUCCCAGAUGGUCAAAUGAAUGCAAAGAUGCUGUGCACCGGCGAGCCGGAGAUGGUGUCUGAAGGACGCAAGAGCUUCCCCAGCAGCCAUUCCUCCUUUGCGUUCUCUGGACUCGGCUUCACCUCCUUCUACUUGGCCGGAAAGCUGCAGUGCUUCACAGACGGUGGCCGCGGUCGCAGCUGGCGUCUUUGUGCCAUGGUUCUACCUCUUUACAGCGCCAUGAUGAUUGCACUGUCCAGGACGUGUGACUACAAACACCACUGGCAAGAUGCCUUUGUGGGAGGAGUGAUCGGGUUGCUGUUUGCUUACAUCAGCUACCGCCAGCACUACCCCCCCUUCCUGCACAUGGACUGCCACCUGCCUUACGCCAGCCUGGCUGCUGCCAGCAGGGCGCCCCCCCCGGCCCAGGAUGACCCGCAGCCCGUCGACAACGCCACCACCCUGCCCAUGGAGGGCUUGACCGAGGGGCCAGUAUGACUAGUGGCCCCCACUGAGACGGCCUCCUCAACGCCCACCAAGCCGCCAAACCCACCUCCCCAUUCCUAACAAUGACUGGCUCUGAUAUACAUUCCACUGGACAAAACAAAAAAAAACACUUCAACCAUUUCCAAACGUUGAUAAUUUGUCUCGGUGACAUCUACUUUUUUUUUUUAUCUUGAUUUUGCGCAGCAGCCGUUAAAGUUUAUAUUUAGAUGUUAGAGAGGAAAGUCGGGAUGUGGGACAUCUCCUCUGAGAAAGCAGAGAGAACAACAUGCUGCAAACCUGGGGAAACUUCGUGUUUAUGGCUGUGAGCAAUGAGUCAAAUAUUUCCACUUUCUGCAGAAACCUUUGCCUAAUGAGAGGCGGGGUUUUAAUGUUAGAUGCUGCACUAGAUUGAUUGUUUUGGUGUUGAAGGAUCAGUGAGGUAGUCUGACUUCACAGCAACUAAACCAUAAAAUUACAUCAUUACCACAAACAGAUUAUAACAACUGGACUAAGAAAUGACAUGUUCCAGGAAAACAGAGUUUUUGUCUUAAAACACAAGGACUUUCAACCAACCUGCUCUGAUUUUAAUAAUUUUUGGUUGCCCAUAGCAACAUAAUGAUAAACAUAGAUCUGAUACAUCUGUGCAGAGGCAGUGGUACCCGUCAAAAUAAAGUUCAAUAUUCCAUUACUUCCUGCUCUCCAGGGCUCACAUGACCUGCACAUCCUCACUCUUUUUACUACCCAUCCUCCCCUCCCUAUUCCUCUCUGUCUCUUUUUCUCUCUCUCUCUCUAAACCGAAUCUUCUUUUUCAUACAAGCAGCAUUUAACAUGUUCACAGAGGUUGCACAGAGACAUGGACCCUCAAUGAGUGCAAUCAAUUAUGAACAGGUGGGAGUGGGCACGCAGAAGUGCGUCUCGAUAGGCACAAACUCCAAUCUGAUCCUGCAUUAAUCCUCAUUAAGUGAGGUCAGCCUCGGCUGCUUAUGAGGAUAUUAGGAGCGGGCGAGCCAGCUCGCUAACUCCCAGAGCUUGGCAAAUAGCUUUUAGCUCACUGCCCCCCCCCUCUACGCACACACACACAUAGAUGAUCCAGCCUUAAGCACAAGCCGGGUGAUUUUGACGUAUUAUUCAUCCAUUAUAGCUCCAUUAUUUGCUAACAUCCAGAAAGCUUGUUGAAGGGAGAUGACACCAAAGAUUUAAAGCUUUUUUUCCCUCCUCGGGAUGCAGGCUUUAUCAACAGAGAUGGCAUCUAACAAGAUUAUUGCCCCCUCCCCAACUUUUCCAUAUCAUCUACAAACCAAUUUGUCGCCUCUUGAGAGCUGUUAGAAAUGAUGGAUCACUUUGUUGCCUUGGUUACUGGCUGUUUUUUGACAUUGUGGUGACAUUGACGGGAAGGUGCAGUCUUAGUUCACCUCUAACCCAGCAUGGACUCAGAACAUGCCUCAGAAAACCACAACAAAUAUCUUCAUCUUUGCAUAAUUGUUUUUUCAACCAUCAUUGCACCAGUUUAUGACGGCUAUGUUUAUUUGUCAAUGAAAACUAAAGGAGUAUUGGCAUAAUA